AUGUGGAUGCCCGUGCUGCUGCUGUGGAUUACUUGUUUUCCCCCAAUGGCGCCCGGCGUGGCGGGGACGUCUGGAGGCGUGCGGACUGGGAGCCACGUGAUGCCCGGCCGUCUUGGCGACGGACGAGCAUUACUGAGCCGGGCCAAGAGAGGCUGGGUGUGGAACCAAAUGUUUGUGCUGGAGGAAUUCUCUGGACCCGAUCCCAUCCUGGUUGGCAGGCUCCACACCGACCUGGACGUGGGCGGCAAGAGGAUUAAGUACGUGUUGGCGGGCGAAGGGGCCGGCACCAUCUUCGCCAUCAACGAGAUGACGGGGGACAUCCACGCCAUGAAGCGGCUGGACCGCGAGGAGAAGGCUGAGUACACGCUCACCGCCCAGGUCACCAACGCCGACACGGACGAGCCGCUGGAGCCCCCUUCCGAGUUCAUCAUCAAGGUGCAGGACAUCAACGACAACCCGCCGCAGUUCACGGAGGGGCCGUACCGCGCCUCCGUGCCCGAGAUGUCCACCGUGGGCACGCCGGUGACCCGCGUGACGGCCAGCGAUGCAGACGACCCCGUGUAUGGGAACAGCGCCCGGCUGGUCUACAGCAUCCUGGAGGGCCAGCCCUACUUCUCUAUAGACCCCAACUCUGCCACCAUUAAGAUCGCUCUCCACGGGAUGGACCGGGAGAUGAGAGAGGAGUACCUGGUGGUCAUCCAGGCCAAGGACAUGGGCGGGCACAUGGGCGGCCUCUCCGGCACCACCACCGUCACCGUCACCCUGACCGACGUCAACGACAACCCGCCUAAGUUCUCCAAAAGUCUGUAUGAGUUUGUGAUCCCAGAGGACCUGCCCAUUGGGAAGGCAGGUGGCAGGGUGAAGGCCAACGAUAGAGACAUCGGGGAGAACGCCAAGUCCACAUACAACAUCAUCGAGGGAGACGAGAGGGGAAUGUUCCAGAUCUCAACGGACGGCCAGACUCAGGAGGGGAUUCUCAAGCUGAAGAAGCCCCUGGACUUCGAGAGUAAGAAGGCGUUCACGCUGAAGGUGGAGGCCACCAACCUGCGCUCGGAGCUGGGCAGCGGGGGCCCCUACCGGGACACGGCCACGGUGAAGGUGGUGGUGGAGGACUCGGAUGAACCACCCGUCUUCACGCGGCCCGCCUACGUGCUGGAGGUCAACGAGAACGCGCCCGUCAACACGGUGAUUGGCACGGUCAACGCCCGCGACCCCGACACCACGGGGAGCCUGGUCAGGUACUUCAUCGAUCGACACACAGACCUGGAGAGGCAGUUCAAUAUCAACGUGGACGACGGGAAGAUCACCCUGGCCAAGGCGCUGGACAGAGAGACGGACAUGUGGCACAACAUCACAGUGACCGCCACCGAAGUCAGAAACCACAGCCAGAUCUCAAGGGCGGUCGUGGCCAUCAGAGUAAUGGACGUCAACGACAACGCCCCUGAGUUUGCCACCGAGUACGAGGCCUUCCUGUGUGAGAACGGAAAGCCUGGGCAGGUGAUCCAGACCAUCAGCGCUGUGGACAGAGACGACCCCAUCCAGGGCCACUACUUCGACUACCGCCUGGUCCCAGAGAUGCUCAACAACCCCAACUUCACCAUCAAGAAUAACCAAGACAACUCCAUCAGCGUCCUUGCCAAGCAUGACACCUUCAGACGGCAGAAGCAGGAGAUGUACUACCUGCCCAUCAUCGUGACGGACAAUGGCCACCCCCCCCUGAGCAGCACCAACACCCUGACCAUCCGCGUGUGCGGCUGCAGCAAGGAGGGCAUCGUGCAGUCCUGCAACGUGGAGGCCUACGUCCUGCCCAUCGGUCUCAGCAUGGGUGCCCUCAUCGCCAUCCUGGCCUGCAUCAUCCUGCUGCUAGUCAUCGUGGUUCUGUUUGUGACGCUGCGGCGGCACAAGCACGAGCCACUGAUCAUCAAGGACGAGGAGGACGUGCGGGAGAACAUCAUCCGCUACGAUGACGAGGGCGGCGGCGAGGAGGACACGGAGGCCUUCGACAUCGCCACGCUGCAGAACCCCGACGGCGUCAACGGCUUUCUGCCACGCAAGGACAUCAAGCCCGACCUGCAGUUCAUGCCGCGCGCCGGGCAGCACAACGGGCCCAACGGUGUGGACGUGGACGAGUUCAUCAACGUCCGGCUGCACGAGGCCGACAACGACCCCACGGCGCCCCCCUACGACUCCAUCCAGAUCUACGGCUACGAGGGGCGGGGCUCCGGGGCCGGCUCGCUCAGCUCGCUGGAGACGGCGUCGUCCGACUCGGACCAGAACUAUGACUACCUCAGGGAGUGGGGGCCACGCUUCAGGAGACUGGGGGAGCUGUACUCAGUGGGCGAGAGCGACAGAGAGACUUGA